AUGGCAGAGACGCAACGCCUCCGCUCCAAAAUAGCCUGCCAAUCAUGCCGUGAACGCAAACGAAAAUGCGACGGCAACUUCCCCUGCAGCUACUGCCAUCGCCUCGACCACGAAUGCUUCUACGGCCCAACCCGCCGCAGCAAAAAGACCGCGCACAGAUUGCGCCAGCAUUCCACUGAUAUCAAAUCUCCCGAAUCCGCAGACCAUGACGCCAAAGACCCACAACUGCAGCUUCUCGAGGCGAACUCGCCCGCUGUCUUUGUGCGGCAGCUGGCGCUGAAAAUGGAUGCUACUAAUGCGCCGAUAUUGAACUACUAUGCGUGGAAUAUCGGGUUUGAUCGGGAGAUCGCCUGCUUACCGCAGGUUUCGUGUAUCACGGAGAUUCUGUCGUUGUCGGAGAUGCAUGAGUUGGCAGCUAUUUACUUUGCGCAUGUUGCGCCUGUGUAUGAUUUUGUAAAUCGGGCGGGGGUGGAUGAGGCGAUUAUCAAGAGGUGGACGAAUGGGUUUCCGUAUGAUCCGGCGGAUUCGAUGCUUCUGGGGAUAGCAGCCCUCGGAUGCCUCUUUGGCCAUCGGUCCGCAGGAGUCGAGAUGCAACUGGUGCACAGUGCGCGUAUCGUACUCGAGUAUUCCAGCCAGCUGGCCGCGCCAGAAUUCGAUCAUGUAGUCGGCUGGUUACUACGAGUCAUAUACCUGCGCGUGACCAGCUCACAGCACGCAACAUGGAUGGCCAGCUGUACACUGAUGCACUUAAUCGAAACAACAAAACUGCAUUUCGACUCCGCGACCGACUCCAUCCUCGCGCAGUCAACCGGACCACGCAUACACCCCGAACGCCGUCGCAAAGUGUACUGCGUCGCACAGCUCUUCAACACAUGGGUCUCCCUCGACUGUGGAAAAUCCCAAGUCGAGCUCCGCGGCGCAUCGUCCGCGUUACCCGAAACAGGUUGGACAGUCGAGCAGCGGGAACUAUGCCGAAUCUCCGCCCUCCUCGGUCCGGAAGUCUAUCGCGACAUAGACGAGCUCGAAAGCGAACUCGUUGAGCUCUGUAAAUUAAACCCAACACAGCCCAUGCUCCGCCUAAUCCAAUGCAAUGUCGGCUUAUGCAUCUACCGCCGUUUCCGCGCUUUAGGCCGCAUUAUGUCUGAGGAUUCCCUCGACAUGAUCGUGAAUCUAGCACGUCGCAGCUUAAAAGCCGCUGAAGACCUCGUCGGGAUAUCCUCACCGUGGUGGCAUAUUCUGAACAUCCCCUUCCAGAUUGUCUGUGUGCUGUUGGUCAUCGAUCAUCCACAGGCGUUGGUCAUGCUACCCGAUGCGUUGCAGACAUUACGGUCGGUGGCAGAUCAUUAUCAGACAGGAAUGACGAGGGAGGCGUAUGAGAUCGCAGUAUUUCUAGUAAAUCAACAGCGCGAAAGACGCUUGCAGGCGGUGAAUAGUUUGGAUAGUGCGCUUCGAGGACACGAAAGUAGUAACGGGACGUUGAAUAUGGGGAAGUGUGUUGAGGAGCAGUUGUUUCUGGAGGAUCUGUUGUAA